AUGAAAAGUCACAAAAGUGCAUUGAACGAUUCACUCGGUUUGAUCCGAUCCUACAGUGAUAUUCGGACAAAUUCUCCCGUCCUCGAUCGCAAAGCCUAUAAUCAUUGUGACAUCUAUCAUCCUUCAUACAGAUCAAAGUCUGACGUCGCUGUGGCGCAAUAUGAUGGUGUCAUGGCUUCGGAAGAAUCUGUUGUUGGUGAUGACCAUCGGUUCUGUGAUCGUCGUCGCCUUGCUUGGGUUCGCCGUUCGUACCCUGCACCUUUCACCACAGGUAUUAUCGUCUUCUGCAUUGCGCUGGGCAUUUCUUUAUCACAGCUUGGAGCUGAAGCCGAUGUUAUGAUCCAGUUCUUUGCUAUCAUGGAUAAAGUCAUCAUGAAACUCGUCAUGACGGUCAUGUGUACUCACCUUUCGGAAUUAUGUGUCUAA